AUGGACGCCAGCGAUAACAACGGUGGUCCGCCGCAACUACCUCCACGCAAUGCAAUGUCUCAUAGCGAACUAGUCCCACCUCCAUUACCAACACGCAAUCGUGCACGUUCCACUUCAGACGUCUCUGCCACUUCUCGACAACGAUCGUCUUCAACUUCCAAUCCGCGCGACGACAAUGUGCAAGGCAUGGCAUUACAUUACGCCUAUCUUGAACGCCACGUGCGUGGUAUGAAACGCACCAGUGUUGUUGGACUCACGCGACCUGAUCGCCGGCAGUUUGAAGAUCGCAAUGACGACGGCAGUACCAGUGUUCGGUGGAAAGAGUACUUUGAAGCUUGGAUUCAAUACGUUAUCAAUUCUUUUGCAAGUGGACACGUGGAUGAUCACCUUGAACCAUUCUCGAUCAAAAUUGUACGAAGCGGAGUCGAUCGGCUAUACGGCUUAGGAUUACCUCUCAAGGAACCCGCUUUAUCGGCAAGGAGAGUGUAUCGAUGGGAAAACAAAUGGUUGACUGGAGCAUUAGCAUUGUUGUAUUUGACCUUGUGGCACUAUGAUCUGCUGGUGACCUUUUUCUUCUUGUCAUGCAUGGGCUUCAUUGUUUCAGUCCGUGUUGACAUGUUUGCCCAAUUUGGUGUCGAAGCAUUAGCCACCGCUGCAGAUGCAGAAACGGAGGACCAACCAGCAUCAUCAUCAUCCACACCAUCAUCAUCAUCAUCGUCAUCAUCACCUGAACAACAAGAAAAUGGUAAAAGUGGAAAGCACAUGAGGCAAUUCUGGAGGCGAUUGAAACAAGAUUUGGGCACCACUGAAGUCAAUUAUGGAUUCAAUGUAUUGGAAAAGAAAUCACUCAAUGAUUGGUGGGGCGACAUUAAACGCAAGUAUGGACCUACAGGACAAUUGUUUUUACUGGAUCUUGUGGAUCGAUUGGAGCGUGUCAAGAACUUGGUCACCUGGAAGCGACCUGAAAAGACACGCAUACUUCUUUGUAUCCUCUCUGCCAUGGUGAUUGUGUUCAUGUUCAUGCCAUCACGUUACAUGACCAAAUUGCUGUUUCUAUAUUUGGGUGUUGAAUUCUUUGUAUUGCAAGCCUUACGUUCUCAUUAUCCUCGUCAUCGACGUCUCUUUAACGUGAUCGAUUGGUUGCUUUGGGGCGUGCCAAAUGAUGCUGAAUAUGCCAUGGAAGUGAUUCGAUUACAUCGUUUUGCCGAAGAUGCGCCACCCCUUCCUGAAGAAGCUGAACCACAACCAGAUAAACGGCGAUCCUCAUCAAGUGCUGAAUCUUUAAGUGAGUCAAGUGCUACGGAUGAAAAACCAGCUACUUCAACCGCUGCUACACUAGCAAUGAUGGUGGCAGGUGCUGCCGUUGGUCAAGUAAAGCACAGCAUUGAUGAACAAUUGGCCCGUGCUACCAAUGACAAUGAUACUCUCAGCGAUACGGGCAGUGCACAUAGCACAGGCAUUCGACCUAUUCGAAACAGCAGCAAUCUCUUUGAGCGCAAAACAAGUCAACAAUCAGUUGUUUCGGACAAUGACCCAGAGGUGGAUGUGCUCGAUACGUACGGCUGUGUAUAUCGUGGCAGUAUCCCUGGUAGGAUUAUCUUGACAAAGAGCGGAUUACAAUUUAGGACAUCACGAGUGACAGGUGCACGCGUGCUUGUGUACUAUUAUUGGCGUGAUAUUGUCAGCGUAAGGAAAUCCAAGAGUAUCAACAUAUUGGUAUGGCACACCAACGGAUUGGAUAUCACCACGGUUGAUGGCGAGGAACUCCACUUUGAUAAUGUAAUUAAGCGUGAUGAUUGCUUCAACAAGCUGGUUGCUGCUGCGGGUGAUCGAUGGAAUUAG